AUGACGAACCACAAGCGGCGGCGCACAGAUGACUACGACCAAACGACAUGGCAGGACUCGGCAUUAUUAUCACAGACUAUAGGGCAACCGACCUUCUCCGCCUUGCAGAUUAGGGCAGACUCGAACAGUGGCCCCGAAAAAUCAAGGACGGAUUUUGGCGAGACGACCACCUGCAUUUCCGGUGAUGCGUCCGCGAGCUCUGCCCUGAAUAAUAAUGCACAGUGGACCUCUGGAGCUUCGUCGUACCCGGAUGUGGCGUCCUAUUCGCAACCCUACUUUUACCAGCAGACGGAUCCGAGUAUCUAUACCUCGCCAUGGCCGCCUGUCCAAAGCAAUAUCUAUUCUCAUAGCAACAAUACUGGUCUGAACACCGACGUGGCUACUAACAUGCCUCUAUUCCCAACUAGUAGUGGGAUCGAGUCGAUGCCCAAUGAUCCGACCACAACGGAUAUGCAGGAUGUGCUGCAGAACGACUCGCUUGUACAGUACUCCUAUGGCGACGCUCAGUCUGGCGACACAUCCGCUGCCAAUGGUCCUUUCUAUCUCGAAGACGCAAGUAUGCAUCUAAAGCUCCAGAGCGUCUCCAUUUUAGACGACUUGGCCACCCAACUCAUCCAAACAAUCGCCAAAGCAAACUAUGCCCACAUCCAAGACCUCAUGACGGGAACCGACACAGAAGAAGGCCAAGCCUACACCACCCUCAAAUCCUUCUUCGACCAAACCCGCAAAGUCUACAGCCGCGAAACAGCGUUCAUCGACGCCCUCGCCAUCCAAAUGUUCCAGCCGAGCCAGCAAGAAAGCAUCCGCAAAGCCAACAUCGCCACCUUCAUCUCCAGCAUCCUCGGCGCCCACGACGUGAGUUUCUUCCACCUGAACGAGUACUUCAUGGAGACGUUCGUGCCGUCGGGUCAUCGACUGCUGAAGUGGCAAGGGGCGAUAUAUCUGGAGAUGAAAACCCAGACGUAUAUCUCCGCGCUGAUGAACAGUGAUGGGAAACCGGACGCUAUGCUGGAUGAGCUGUUUCCGAACGAUCUGGAUGCGCUGAUCUUGACCCGUCAUCCGGAUGCGCCGAGCCUAUCGCCCAGUGAGCAGGAUUUUAUUGAUAGGUGUCGAGCGCGGAAGAAUUAUUUGCUGGCUGAGCCGAUUGAGGAGGCGGUGCGGGAGCUGCCGAGGAAGUAUCAGUGGAGUGAUUUUGUCCGGGAGUUCGCUUCGUGUAUCUGUAAGAAUGUGGAUGGGAUUAUGAAUCUUCCGGCUCGGUCACAGGGUGGUGUCUCGAAGGCGAAUGGACACGGACACGGACACGGUCACGAUACCCUCGUCGGCGCACAAGGGUUGAAGGGAAGUAGUCAUCGCGCCGUCGGAGCAUCCGCUGCCCCGCCUUCCCUUCCACACCAAACAAGCUCGAACAAUGAGAAACGAACAACAACCACCACCACCUCUUCAACAACAACAACCACAUCAUCAUCAACAACCCGCCAACCCUGGACCAAACCCGAAGAAUCCGCCCUCCUCACCGGCCUGACCCAAGUCUCCGGUCCCCACUGGUCCCAGAUCCUCGCCCUCUACGGCCGCGGCGGAUCCGUGAGUGAAGUGCUCAAAGAUCGGAAUCAAGUGCAGUUGAAGGACAAGGCGAGGAAUUUGAAAUUGUGGUAUUUGAAGAUGGGGAGGGAGGUUCCGGUGGCGCUUAGGGGGGUUACGGGGGAGUUGUGGAAGAGGGGGGGGGCGAGGAUCAGGGCGGCGAUGGGGGAGGGGGGUGAGGAUGAGGUUCAGGGGGAUGAGAGGGAGGGGGAGGGGAUGGCGGAGGGGGAGAAUGUGGAUCCGAGUCUUGGGUUGGCUGGGGCGGUGGGGAAGGGGAGGAGGAAGAAGGGAAGAAAGUGA